AUGAACAUCUCAGUGGCCCAUGAUUUAGACAACAACACUCUGCAGGAUCUGGGCAGUCCGCUCACCACAGUGGCUCUCCCUGCGAUCUACCUGGUGGUGUUCCUGGUCAGCACCCCAUGUAAUUUCCUUUGCUUCAUCAUCCUCUGCUUUUACACCAAGCGGAAAACCUCCACCAUCAUCUUCGCCAUCAAUCUCUCGAUGGCCGACCUUCUGUACAGCAUAUCUCUGGCACUACAGAUGAUCUACCAUUUCCGGGGCAAUGACUGGCACUUUGGUGCAGAGGCGUGCAGCUUCACCACGGUGGCGCUCCACUGCAGCAUGCAAUGCUCCGUCCUCAUCACCUGUGCCAUCGCCGUGGAGCGCUACCUGGGUGUGGUGCACCCCAUGAAGGGCAAGCACUGGUGCACGCCGUGGCGCGCCAGCCUGGUGUGCCUGCUGAUCUGGGGCCUGGUGCUGGUCGUGCAGAUGCCCAUGAUGCGCCAUGACCUGACACUCCGUGUGGAGCAGCUCAACCUAACCACCUGCUUCGAUGUGAUCCCACGUGGAAUCUUCGGCAGCAGAGGGCUCACCUACACAUAUUUCGGCGCAGUCUUCCUGCUGUUCUAUGCUGUGCCGCUGGCCAUCUUUGUGACAUGCUAUGUGGCCGUGACGCGAGAGCUUCACCACUCACAGCUGACACACGCUGAGGACUAUUCACGUCGUUACGCGUGGAUCAUGUGCUCCAUAACGGCAGUGAGCUUUGUCCUUUUUUACCUGCCCAACAUACUUCUCCAGAUCCUGCACUUGAUGUUCAGUUCACGAAACCACAGCCUCUACCCCUACUACAAGCUCACUCUUGGCAUCAACAGCCUCAACUGCUGCGUGGACCCCUUUGUUUAUUACCUUGCCUCAGACGAGUUCCGCAAUGCCUUCCAACGCCUUUCUGUUUGA